UUUAAUCAUAGAAAUAUAAUUUUGUUCAUGAAAAUGUUUAUUUUUAGUUUUAGUUAUAAUUCUUAUCUAGAGAGGCGUCGCAAUCUCUUUCUGUUAUAAUGAUAACACAGAACGGAAUAAAAUUUUCGAUCUAUGACUUAAUUAGUUUAUGGCACAGUUUACUCAAUUUAUUUGUAUGUGUGUACGGAAGUGGCAAGAGUGACAUUAAGUUGUGUUGUUUGCUUAUUAGUUACGUGUGUGCAGAUAAAUCUCGUACUGGGUAAUCAUACAUCUGUCAAUUGAAAAUCAUUUUUCAAUCAAAUAUUUAAAUAAACAAGAUAUUAAUUUUUGAUAUGUGCAUAUAUAAAUAGAAUAAAAAUUAUAUAAAAAAUAUAAUUUUGUUUUAACUUGACAUUGAAAUGGAUUUUCUGAUAAACAGCAUAAUGCGUCAAUUAAAAGGUAAAACAAAAGAAACAAAUAAGCAAAAGAAGGAACGCAAAAAGGAAUUUCUUGAAAACAAGCAACGAAUUUUUACAGUUGUUCUACCUACAAUGGCUGCGAUAUUUAUAAUGAUAGCCGCAUAUGUUUAUAUUAAAACUCGGCCAAAAGUAAUAGAAUAUUAAUUUACAUUACUUUUGUUAUGUAUUAUUAAAAAAGAUUUAUAACUUUAAAAUUGCAAGGAAAGUUCCUGGAAUUUGUUUCUAUAUGCAAAACAGUUUAACUGUGAUCGUUAUAAAUCGAAAAACUAAAAUAUAAAUGAAGAAUAUGAUGUACUGCCUAUAUUAUCAAAAAGAUUUUAUCAUUAAUAUAUGGUAGAAUUAUACAUUAUAUAUUAAAUAUCAAUACCUUAGUUAAGAAAAAUUAUCAAUCUGCUGAAAGUGAUAAAAUAUUAAUUAAUACAAUUAUUGAAUAUGAGAGAUUUUUUAUCGAAUGUAUACUGUUUUAAAUAUUAUGAUACUAUAAUAAGACAGAUAUAUCAAAAUGCUUCUUUAACGAGUGUUUCAUAUCUUUGUUUCCUGUAUUCUGCAUGUUUUGGUACACGCAUACACACACAUGUUUAGUACAGAGAAUAGAUUGGCCUAUAACAUGGUGUACAGGUAUUAAAUGUAAUAUACUGAAUUAUUGUACAUGUUGCACCAUGUUAAUAGCUUGUAUCAGAAUAUAUAUUGUUGAAGAAUACCAUAUCUUUGUGUGGGAAAUUGCUUAAGAUUAAAUAAAUUGUAUCUAAUAAUUGAUCUUACGAAUUAUCAAAUGCAAUUUAUAGACAAUUAUUUUGUAAAACAUUUAAGAAAUAAACAUGGGUCCAAUAUGGUAAAAAUA